GGAGAGGAAUCUGGAUGGAUUUACUGUGAUACAACAGACAUCAGUUAACCUUCUGCCAGGCCUCAAGCUUCCUGCUGCAUAGCGUGAUGAAGGAAAAAUGGAGAAAUUAAAGCCAAGAGCGGGGAUCCCGCCCAGGACGCCGUUCACAAUGUCGCUGUCAGCGCGGCCUGUUCGCCGCAUCUUCUUCACAGGAAUUACUAGGAGCCAGUCUUUCGCUGGAGUCAAUACACCGCAAGACAAAUCGUUCAGGAACCUAAAGGUGUUCAGCACUCCCACCACCCAGAGGAAAAGCACGUCCCGAGCUGGGAAAAUGUUCACCAUUUCCCACAAGUCACCUCCGCCCAAGACUCCUCAGCCUGAGCGGCUGGAUGAGGUCUACGAAGCCUUGAAAAAGGGCCUGAAUGCCUACCUGCAUGUUCACCAGCUGGAGCUCGACAGCCUCACGUCUCAGCUCAAAGACAUGAAACGGAAUUCCCGAUUGGGAUUUCUCUAUGACCUUGAUAAGCAAAUCAAGUCUAUCGAAAGGUUUAUCCGCAGACUGGAGUUUCAUUUAAGUAAGAUUGAUGAGUUGUAUGAAGCUUACUGCAUUCAACGACGAUUGCGAGACGGCGCAAACAACAUGGUGCGCGCGUACUCUGUGUCUCUGGGCAGCAAAGAGGCAAAGGAGAGCCUUGUCGAAGCGAACAAGGGCUACAAAGAAUACACCGAGAGUAUGUGCACCAUGGAAAAUGAACUGGAGAACCAGUUAGGAGAGUUUCACGUGAAAAUGAAAGGCCUCGCAGGAUUUGCACGCCUCUGUCCUGGAGACCAAUAUGAGAUAUUUAUGAAGUAUGGCCGCCAGCGCUGGAAGUUGAAGGGUCGGAUUGAAGCAAACGGCAGGCAGGUGUGGGACGGUGAGGAUAUGGUCUUCCAGCCCCUCAUCACCGAGUUCCUCUCGAUAAAGGUGACGGAGCUGAAGAGCCUGGCGAAUCACGUCAUUGUUGGCAACGUUUCGUGUGAAACCAAGGACCUGUUUGCAGCCCUCCCUCAGUCUGUCGCAGUGGAUAUCAAUGACCUGGGAACCAUUAAACUCAGCCUGGAGGUCAUCUGGAAUCCCUUUGACAAAGAUGACCAAACGUCUGUUGCCAGCACGGUCACCAAAACAUCCACCGUAAACAAGCGAUUCUCCACCUACAACCAGAGCCCCCCAGACACCCCAUCCCUCCGGGAACAAGCCUUUUACAAUAUGCUGCGGAGACAGGACGAGCUGGAAAACGGCACUGCCUGGUCCAUCUCCUCCGACUCCUCUGACGGUUCCUCCAGCCCCCAGUUGUCGACGAGUGUGAGACAUUCACAGAAAGCGUCAGUGCAGCCAGACACCCAGGCAGCAGCCUCGAGAAUUACAAUCGCCUUAGCACAAACCGAGGAACCUCAGGCUCAUCAGGUGACAAGCCGGCAACAACAGCAGCAUCAGGAGGAGGAGGAAGAGGUUCAAAAGCACGCAGUACUUAAUGGAAACGUGCCUAUUUCCCGAACUCUCAGCCAUAUCAGUGAAGUGAGUGUGGAUGCAGCAAUGGACUUCAGUGAACCGGAUGAUAGCGACAAACCAGAGCCAGAGAUAGUUGCCAUAACAAAUUUAGUCGAGGAGCCAGAACCGCCUGAGAGGGAACCUGUGACUGUGGAGAUGAUCAAUAUUACAGUAAAUGCUGAGGCUCCCUUGGGCAAUGAAGAAACGCCCGAGGCCAUACUCACUCCAGUGGUGGCAAUGGACAUUGUGGACUCCGUUGCUCCAGUCGAGUUGGUUAUAAGUGUCACCUCUACGGAGGAGAAAGCAAAACCGAAUGAUGAGACAGCCGGACCUACAGAGCCUGCCAAGGUGAAGCCUGUGGAUGCAGGUGUAGAUGAAGCCCUGAUGACACUAAACUCAACACUUGAAGACUAUCGUGGCCAAUUCCCAGAGCUUCAGAAACUGGAGAUGGAGGUGAAACACUUAGAAGAAGUUCUGAUGCACAGGCAGGGAGUGAGCAGGAGCAGAGCAUCCAGCAUCAGCCUGACUGUAGAGCAUGCACUGGAGAGCUUUGAUUUCCUCAACACGUCGGACAUGGAAGAUUCCGAAUAUUCAGAAGAUGAAGCUGAGAAAAACGGGAGGCAAAAUGGUAGCAAUCGCAGACUGGCUGCUGGUCCUAGUGAAGCGCUGACUGAGGACACCGGUGUUGGCAGCGGCUCGGAAGCAAGUCCAGUUCCAAUGACAACAGGGAAUGAAUAUUUGGAUCAGGUUCUGGUCAUGCACUUGAACACCUGCAGCAAACUUUUCCUGCAACUGGGUAUAUACGGACCUUUACGUUGUCGGGAGAUCUACGCACUAGACAAACUUUUGAGAGAGGCCCAUGUGCUGGAGACCGUCUCCAGAUUGAGUGCAGAGAAAGCUGGAAACAUAAGCACUAUUGAAGAGGUCACGCCACUAUUCAAAGACACUCCAACGCUCUCCUCUUUCUGGAAGCUGUGCAUCGAUACCCCAAAUGUUUACAGCACCUCGGUCGAGCGGUUUCUGCAGAAACUGAACUCCAGCUUCGGGAACAGAGUGAAGGAGAAGCACUCGGGGAUUGUGGACAAAGUCUUUGUUAAACUGGUGGAAAGGUUUCUGGACAGAACAUUGCCAAAACGUGCUCGAAGUGGAAACGUGGAGCUGUUAACCAUCUUCCAGUAUCUGAACCACAUUGAAGCAGAGAAUGUAUCAUCCCUGGAUUCUUACAUCCUGGAACUAGCAGAGGAAGUGUUACUGGUCCAAACCUUGCAGUCCUCUGAUAAGGACGUUGUGUUGAAGACCUUGAAACAUCUGUCGGCAACGCAGCUGCAGGGAGAGGGACUGAAAGCUGUGGGUCUGCUCCUGUUGGAGGAGCACGGGAAGAUCUGCAGCACAGCAACCACUGUACUCAAAGCGUUGACGACGGAAAACCCCAAGUUCCGAGAGAAGGCUCUGGUUUAUUAUCUGGAACUGCUUGAAGAUGAGAAUGUACAGCUCCGACGAUCAGGAUGCACUGCACUGGGAUGCCUAAAGGCCAAAGAAAGCAUCGAUCAGCUGGUUUACAUUUGCCAGACUGACAAAGAGGUGCGAGACGUUGCUAAACAGGCCCUUCUGUCCUUUGGUGAGGAGGGUAAAAUUGCCUGCAAGCAGAUGGAAGAAUCAUUGGACAAUAUGCAGAGGCUUCUGGGACCAGUCAGUAUGACUAGUACAGCUUUCUAAGCAGGGAACUGCUUCAAACUGAGAAGAAAAUUGGCUGUCAACUUCCAGGAGAACGUUUCUGAAACAAGGCAGCCUCCGUUGCCAAGAUAUCAAGUAAACUGGAGGUCAAACUGCCUUUGAGUUGACCUUGAAACAUUUCAGAUGUAGCAGUGUUCAUACCUUUUGUUUGUGGCAAUGUGAGUUUUAAGAGAGAUUUAAGAGAUUCGAGACUGGGGUGGAGUAGAGAGGAAGGUCAGGACUGCCUUACUAGAGUGUAACUUCAAAGAAAGCUUUGAGUUGGAAUAGAGCCACUUUGAUUUUGGGUGAAUAUUGGCACAAGUUAUGCCAGUGUUUUAUCCGUGGAUGCACACAUUUUGAAAAACAAACUAUGACCAAAUCAGGAGAGUCAGUGGAAAUGCACUUUGAAUGAUUAAAUGUGUGAAUAAUCCAGGAGUGGUUAACCUUGGAGGGAUAAACGUGGUGGACAGAUGUCUCCAAAAGCCACAGGUGAAUCAUUUACCUUUCAACUGCAAGUCUCGCUGCUCUCUGGCAGGAAAGAAACCUAGAUUGCUGCUUCCCGUCCAAGUGCCUGGUGUGGAGGUAGAGAGCGAACAAGUAUUACCUGUAUAAUAAUUUCCAUUUUUUUUUAAUUUAAUGUUGACUGUUGCGUUAAGAAGACACUGCAGCAGCUUUUGAGUUAUCCUGUUACACUAUUCUCCAGAUGGUGCAGUAAAAUUUCAAAAAAAUAUAUACUUUGAUUUUUUUUCUAUAUAAAUGUAUUGUGUAAGUAAAAGUGAAUUGUGAUUAUAAAAAAAAUCAUUAAAUGCAACGUUAUACUUAAUAAAUGUAAAGCAAAUG